AUGACGCGUGCUCAGCAGACUCUCUCCGUUCUCCUACUUGUCUCCUCGCUUAAUUUCCACCAUGUCCAGCUCUACCUAGUCCUCUACCUUGGCCUCGUUCCUCUCAACGAGACCGUCCAGACUGAAGUCAUCCCUGUUCUCCCAUUCUACGCCUUAAUAUGUUUUGGCUGUUAUCUUCUCGGCCGACUGGGUCUGGCCAUCCUCACAUUCAAUGACGUGCCCGAGGCGCAUGAAGAGCUACAAAAGGAGAUCGAACAGGCCAAGGCCGAAUUGCGCAGAGCGAAUGUCGAUGUCGAUUAA